CCCAUCUGAUGUUAGUUUCGAUUCCUUUGAAAGGAAAGCUAUAAAAGCUCGCCUCUCACAUAUAAGAGAGCAGUGUAAAGCAAGAGCAUCCUUUGUUCGCUUUAACAGAGUCGACUUAAAAUGGACCCCUUUACGCUUAUUGCAACUGGUGCAGCAGCAGCCGGAGCAAUUGUUGCAGCUCCUGCUGUUCUAGCAGCGGCCGGUUUCACCGCAGGUGGAAUUGCUGCAGGUUCACUUGCCUCCAGUAUGAUGUCAGCUGCCGCCGUGGCUAACGGAGGAGGGGUCGCAGCUGGAGGUGUGGUAGCAACUCUUCAAGCUGCUGGAGCUGCUGGAAUCCCUUUGGCAGGUCAAGCCAUCGUGGGCACUCUGGGAGCCGCUCUGGGGGCCGCUGCCAGCAUGGUUAGCAACUGUACCGUGUAACUACUUUAAAUCUGUGCAUUUAUAUAUGUUUCUUAAAAAAAUCAUCAUUUUAUUGCUAUCUUACUGUCUGUAUAAGUGAUCAACAUCACAAUGGUAUAUCUGUAUCUGUAGCUAUGUGUAAGGGUGCUGUUUAUAUGCAAAAAAUAAAAUAAAAAUAGUCUCUUUCUGUCA